CUUAUUGCUCCGCCGAUUUAUUCCGUUGUACCGGAUGUUUCGAAGCUUUCAAAUGAAAAAGGUCGCCCGCGAUACACAGAGGGAACGGAGACGGGAGCACGGGCAACUUUACGACUCGCGAACGUUCGUAUAAUAACGGUAAUGAACGUUCCCUUUUUCCUCGCAGCCAGCACGGUUCACUCUCUGUUACAGCCUCACCCUAAAAAUACCUAUCUCUUGACUCGAUCUAACCGCGCUAACUCACCUCUCCGCUUUCCCUAUGAUCCAUAAUCUGCACGCGAUUCGCACGGGCAAUGCCGUUAACGUCGUUAAACAACGAUAAAGGUCUCGUUUACUCGCGUUUCAUACGGUUCCACGACGUCUAUGAUUAAAAGGAAAGAGAACAUCGAACGACUACCGUGCUCAUCGAUCUCACCGACUGAUUCUGAACGAUUGACGCAGGAGAAAAGUCGGUGGCCACCGGUGGACACCGAUCACGAGGCGAAAAUGAACACGUCGCGGCGGAUGUCAGCCGACGCCGGGCAUCGAAUAACCCGUUCACACGUGCACACGUGCGCGCGACACAUAGACAUACGUACACGUGCGUGGGCGUUGAUACACCUUCGGAACACGGGCGCACGGAACGCGAGACACAACAACGCCGCCACGUACACUAUAAUAGCGGUCCACGUGGCCUGGCGUGGCAGACAGCCUGUCCGCGGACGCACGUGUUCCUCGGCACGUUGUCGGCGAUGGUAGACACGCGUACACCUUGUAAACCCGGCCGGCGUCGACCCAACAGAAACAAUUAAGCUUAAUUAAUAACUACUAAUCCGCGCGCACCCCCGACCGCACCGUCCUUGUCCAGGUAACAGAUCGCAGCCGCUUCGUUCCUAUAUACCGCCGCCCACAACACGUGAGCAACUACAACACACAUAAACACGCCUCGAUCGACAGGCAUCCACGUGCAAUCUCGUUAAUUACCUUGUCGAUUCGUUGUUGCGCACCCAUCGACUUUCGCGCGACCACCGACAUAAAAGCCUCUUCAGAGUAUGGAAUUACUGGAACAAGUCCUACCCGUUGCGUAAGCUUCGAAAUGCUUUUAACUCUCUCACAAUGAGAGCUCUAUGUACGUCGGUUUGAUCAGAUAUAAAAGAGAUUUUCUGUAUACCAGCGAAAACACAUUGUACGCAAGUGGACGAAUAA